AUGGCGACUUCCACCACCGGACCGCCGAUGAGCGGCCUUCAACAAUUACCAUCAAUUUUCACGAAAAGUAGCGUUGUAAUCAAAGCCAUAUCUGUUCUAGUUUGUCUUCUGUACAUCAUCUCUUUCCUCGUGGACACAAAAACAUUUCUGGAGGCGCUUGCUGUCACCCCGGCUCUGUUCUUUCCACCAAGUUUCCAGAUAUGGACGCUUUUCACACACUCUUUUGUGGAGGUUCACAUUUGGUUUGUGUUGAUUGACAUAUUUUUCAUACUGAUUGCUGGUAAAUUGAUCGAACCACUGUUUGGAGCUCUUGAAAUGCUCAUAUUCUUUUGUGUGGUGAAUACUGGAGCAGCCCUGUUGUCGUCCUUCGUGUAUCUAUUCAUGUAUUUGACAGUGUUUAAACCGGAACUCUUGUUCGCCUCGCACAUGCAUGGCUUGGGUGGUUAUGUUUCUGGAGUGGCCGUUGUGUUGAAACAGACCAUGGGAGAUGAGGACCUCGUUGGGAGGGGGAUCAUCAAGAUCAAAAUGAAGGAUCUGCCGCUCUUGAUUUUGAUGAUCGCGAUUCUGCUUAGGAUCGUUGGACUAAUCCCUGGGACGUCUCUUUGUAUGAGUGCGUCAGGAUUGUUGGUGAGCUGGGUGUACCUUAGGUUUUUCCAGAGGCAAAGCAGCGGCAAAGGAGACAUGUCUGAUACAUUCUGCUUUGCAACUUUCUUUCCCGAGGCAGUACAGCUACCAGUCAAUGUUGUGUCCAACACAGUUUACAGUGUUCUUGUACGGAUCAAAGUCUGCAAGAAGCAGAUCCGUAAGUACGACGUCGGAGCUCCGUCUCCUAUCAACAUCAACUUGCCAGGCAGUGAUCCAGCAGAUGCAGAAAGACGAAGACAAAUUGCUCUAAAGGCACUGAACGAACGCCUGAGUGCCGUUGAGGAACAGACAGCCUGGCCGAGUAUGGACGAACAAGCAUCGACACCAGACGACUCAACAUCUCACUUACUCCCCGGAGAAGAAGACAAGGAUUCGGAGAAAGAUGCCAGCAACAGCGAGAGCACACUGCUGACUAUAAACGGCAGCGGGGAGAUGCCACUGCCUUAAAAUCAAAUUAGUGUUCAGAUUCUCAAGUAAGAUCAUUAUCACAAUAAGAAGGACUGUUGAAACUUGGUGUAUACUCAGUGUUAAACGUCUGGUGUUAGCAUUGUUAACCCUCCUACUGUCUGAACUUUUUUUUAAAUUCACUCAGGUUUUGAGGGAUAGAUAAACUAAGCGAGUCUGCAAUAUGGUAUCAUGUGGUAUAUGCGUCUGUGUAAUACACAGUCAACCCUGCUACUGUCUGACCAUUCUCUAACAUUCACUGUGGUUUUGAGGGAUGUAUAAAGCUGUACAGGCUUGCAGUAUGGUACCAUGUGGUAAGAUGCAUCUCCACUGUACACAUUAUUUACAUAUUUAGUUUUGUGCACACUUGUGCCACCAAACACAUACAGCUCUGUAUUACAAACGCUCUGUGGACAUUCAUUUUUUAUUGUGUAAAAAAGAAAAAGAUAAUCUUCAACAUUGGUGAAAAUACUGUGUGGACGUGUGUAGUCCAUAUGGUGUUUCAAGUCCCAACAUUGUGUGCACGUCUUUUGUUCUCACUUUGUAUGUAAAGCUUGCCAAACCUGUGCAGUUGAAUGGUUUCAAACGGUUGGUCGCUCUUUGUGAGAAAAUGGUGCCAAGACUAGGAAGGGUUAAGUGUAGAUUUCCAAACUCAAUUUAAAAAAAACACCCAACAUUAUAAGUUGAAGCGAAAUGUAUGGCAUGCUGUAAAUUUCUGUUCCAGUUACAGAGGGUUAUGAGAAACACAGGUAGAGUUUUAGGCUUUACUGUUUGUUGUUAUGUCCCCUCAUGUUUUGGGUGAUGAUUUUGUUGUUUUUCGGGGCCCCACAAUAAAAACUCUUUGAAACUUAUAGUGUAUUUGAUUUUGUUAAUACUAACAAUAUACCUGCAGUACUUCCCAGUUCAUGUUGUGAAUAAAAUGAUGACUUUCUAUUUAAGUAACACAAAAAAAUACUCCAUAAUCAUCAGAAACAAGCCCCCCCCCCUCCUCCUCCAAUA